AUGGUCCGCUAUAAAGAAUUGAAUCAUAAAGCAGCUGGGCAUGAUGGGACACUCACGGAUGAGGAGGGUAUUUUAGUCUUCAAACCAGCAACUAAACAGGAAACCAAUUUCUAUCAAGCUAUUCAAAAUACAAGGAAUUUCAAUGAAGAAGUAAGCAAAACUGACAAUUAUGAUAUACCAUUAAUUGAUUGGAUGCCUACAUUUCUCGGCAUCUUAGAUGAAGGGCAGGCAUCGCCACCUGACAAUGUUCAUCUUUUGAAGGACCCAAAUCUAGAUGAGGCAACAUUGAAGCAAUUAAUAAAAGAUACAGAUAAUAAAGACAUGCGAUCGAAACGAUAUCUAGUUCUAGAAAAUCUUCUGAGUACGUUUAGGAAGCCGAAUGUGCUUGAUGUUAAAUUGGGAAAAAUCCUGUAUGAUGAUAAUGCAACUAAGGAAAAAAAGGAACGGUUAACGAAAGUUAGUAAUGAAACUACAUCUGGUUCUUUGGGAUUUAGAAUAUGUGGAAUGAAGAUAAGGAAGAACAAGCUGACCAAAGGCUUAAGUGAAUCCUAUUUUGAAAAUGGAAAUGAUGGAUACAUUUCUGUCAAUAAAUUUUACGGGAGAAGUCGAACAAAGGAAAAUAUUAAGGAUGCAUUUGAGAUGUAUUUUGCCGACGAUGAAUUAUCCAGUGAAAGAAGGUUGAAGCUCAAGACAACUUUUUUUCAGCGACUGCAGUUAUUUUAUAACACUUUGUUGAAUGAAGAAGUAAGGAUGUUUUCUAGUAGUCUCCUCUUUAUAUAUGAAGGUGAUUCCACUAUCUGGGAUCUUCGACACGAUGAGGACAGAAUAUUGAAGUCCGAUUUCUUUGAUUCUGAUUCUGAUGAUGAAAGUGAAGACCCACUCGAAGAUGAUGAAGAGAUUGCGACUGAUACAGCAUACAAAAAGUCUUCACUAAGUUCAAUGCAUUUAAUAGAUUUUGCACAUUCAAGACUUACACCUUCUUUGGGUUACGACGAAAACAUUGUUGACGGGGUCGAUAAUUUACUUAAGGUAUUUGAAGAAUUGCAAAAUCACGCAUAG